AUGCAGUAUGUUGUUCCAGGAGAAACUAUAGCGCCUAACCAGUGCGAUGCAUUCAGGACUGUCGAGCACGCACCAGAUGGAUACCAGCAUGAGACUGUCAACCACAGUCUCCACUUUAUUGAUCCUGAGACAGGUGCUUACAAAAACAGCAUUGAGUCUUCACGGCAGAAUUUCAAGGAGGCUUAUAAGACACGGUAUGAGACGAAAACUGCACUAUUAAAUUUGUAUACAGAGGAAGUCUUAUGGAAAAAAGUGUAUGGGGACAAUGCGCUGUAAAC